AUGAAAAGCACAGCUGUGCCCAAAUCUGCUGCUGCGGUCAGCCAUGCGCUUCCCCCGGAGCGGGCAGAUGCUAUAUGGACGCGGACGAAGGUGGUAUUAUCAUUCUGGGCGGUUAUUAUAUUUUUUGGCAUUCCUAUGUGGUGGAAGACUACUUCAAUUUACCGGGCCUCGUUACCCCUUGAAGAGAUGAUGAGCUGGGCGGAAGGCAAGGCAUGCAAACCAGAAUAUCCGCUAGAAAUCAUCCUCCGAGCACCAUCAAUUCCAUUGCCCGAAGCGCAGAACCUAGUGCGAAUAACACAGCAUGCUCUGGACGAUUUGAACGAGUUUCCGGUUCACCAUCUCCGCCUCAAACUCGCAGAAAUUACGGCGGUGAAGAAUGCCGGCGAAUUUAAUUUAGACAUUGGUAUAGAAGGCAAUUCAGAUGCUGCCUUGGUCGUGAAUCUUGUCCCUGAGGAAAUAGCAACGCCCAAGUCCGAGCUGCAUUCAUAUUCCCCGCGCCUGGAUAUUUUCUACCCACCGAAUCAGCUUCCAUCUGCAACGUCGUCGAACUCGCCAUUGGUGACAUUUAUCGCGGACGAGAUUCAAAGUCUUUACAUUGAAGAAAAGGCGACGAUUGCGCAUAUUUUGAAAGAAAGCAAUAUUGGGUUAGCAUCAUCGCCGGGCACAGGUCAAUCAACCGGAGUCCAUUCUAUAUCACCCGAGUUAGCAGAGUUUGUGAGCUCGCGUGUCACUAGGAGUUUUAAAUACGCUGAAACAUAUCACCUUUCAUUCUCGCUUUUCACUCCCGGAUCUGAACCAUCCUCAUGGGAAAUCGAGACCGCGAUUCAGGAAUUCAUGACUCCGCUGCUUGACGCCUUUUCGCCAAUCAGUAACUUUUCCAUCGACUCUCAGGUGCAACUAUAUGCUUCAUUCUCGCCUACAUCACCCCGUCCAGAGUUUGAUGAGACUACUCGGCAAUGGACUUUGAAGCAGGAGGAUCUCAGUGCUUUCAUCAACGCCGCCGAAUGGCCAUUGAGCCCUAGUAUUGGUAGUGGUCCGACAAUCAACUUCGUUCUCUAUGUGCCAGCUCCGACCCAGUCACCGCUAGUGGUAAAGGAGAGUCAAGCUACAAGCUGGGUUGUGCCGCAAUGGGGUGGUGUUACAAUUGUCAAUCCACCUUUAGUAUAUACCAACGACAACCCCAGGAACCCAUCGCACUUAUCCCAAGAAUCUCUCAAGCCCGCACUCCUGACCUUUUCUCACCAGCUCCUUACCCUGCUAGGUACUCCAGCUACACCAUCCGCACUCCCUCUCCGCCUCCAAACACUGAUCCGCACUCGUGCCGCUACGCUCCUACUCUCUGCAUCCUCGACCAUGGGCUCUCUUGCUCGUCUCACUCAGUCACUCGCCUCCAUUCCUGUGCCUGUGACCGUUGCGUCUUCUGUGUCUACUACUUUAUCUCAUCUUACCUUGACCUGUCAGCUUCUUCGUGAGGGCAAAUUCAAACCGGCCCUUGCCAGUGCGCGUAUUGCCGAGAAAGAGGCCGAGAAGAGCUUCUUUGAGAAAAGUAUGGUGGGACAGAUGUAUUUCCCAGACGAACACAAAGUAGCAGUAUACCUGCCAUUACUUGGGCCAAUUGGAGUACCUUUGUUUCUGGGAUUAAUAAGAGAAUUGAAAAGAUUUGUCACUGAUUUGAAACAGAGGAGGGUCGCGAAGUGA